AUGUCCGAGUUGUCUGACAGCCGCUACGAGAAGUCUGAGCCAGGCCAGGGCAAGACGGUGCAAUCAUUUCACACGCGGCCCGAUGAAAUCCGUGGCUUCUUCGCCAAGUACUUCGCCGACUGUCUGGGCCUCGUAGAGCUACAGUCGACCGAAGGGAUUCUUGGCGGCGGUCUCGACCCGACACUGGCCAAGUUGAGCGACGAGGUUGUGCAAGCCUGGGCCGACCUCCUCUUUGAACGACUCGAAACGUACUAUGGUUUAGUUCUGACCAUAAGAGGAGGGAAGGGAUUCCUAGAAUUGAGUUGGAGAGUGUCCUUGCACCUUGGUGGGCUUUGGGACUUUGGGACUUUGGGCUAUGUCCGGCAGCCACUCGAUCCGUUGACGCAUCAGCUGGCCCGAUUCGCCAUGGCCGGGCUCAAAUCCUGGGAGCUAGUAGCCGGCGGAUCUUCCGGGAGACGGACCUCUUACGCCUCGCCAUUGACAGCAUAUGCCAUACGGGACAAAUUACUGCGUGAGCUCCUGCGUCAAUAUGUUAGAACACAAAGCUGCGGGUUCUGGCACCCGUUUUCGGAAAGAUUGUCAUUGGACGCCAGUUUUGUCACACAAAGAAAGCCCCAAAUGGAAGCGGUAAUAGGCACGUCCAGUUUCAUCCCGCUCACCACCAACAUGCUCUUUGCCCUGCACAUCUUCACACCUGCUGACGUGCACCUUCUCUCACGGCCUUUUCAGAAAUCAUCGUGUUUCAGCCUGUUGACUCAGCUUUGGCACCGACAACCAUCUGUGGUCUGUCGGAGACGGGGAUAUGGUUGGCUGUUGGCCCGUCCGUCCGGUAUGGAUGACGAGGUGGUCUUGAUGGUGAAGCUUGUCCCUGACGAGGUCAAGAUCCCGCUUACUUCGGACAUAAGAUUUUGCGAAUACUAG